AUGAAAGUGACUUUAAGGGGUUGGAAUAGGCAUGUCUUUGGGCAUGUGAACCAUAUGAUUAAGGAGCUUGAGCAGAGGAUUGAGUGGGUGGAGUUUCAGCUACAAUCGGGUUUUGAUAAAGAAUUAGAAAUGGAGUUAUUGGUUGCUAUAACAGAGCUUAGUUAUUGGGAAAACAAUGAAGAAAUCAGGUUAGCACAGAUUGCCAAGAAGAAGUGGUUGGAUGAGGGAGAUCAUAAUUCCAAAUUUUUUCAUGCAGUUGCCAAUAUGAGGAGGCAACGAGCUACUAAUGCCUCAAUGUCGUUGCCUGAUGGAGUGGAGUUACGUACGGUGGAGGAGGUGCAUCUUGGUGCUGUGAAGUAUUUUGAGGAAUUUCUAAAUGGGAUAGAUACUUCUCAACCUGUGGAUUUGUCUUCUAUUGUGAGUAAGAUAAUUUCAAAUGAUGAGAAUGAGGCCAUUUGUAAAGCUCAGAUGGGGGAGGAAGUGCAAGAAGCAUUGUUGACAAUUCCGAGAAAUAGUAGUCCAGGGCCUGACAACUUAGGAUCGGCAUUUUUUAUUUCUUGUUGGGAUAUCGUGAAAGAGGGGGUAGUGGAGGCUGCGUGUGAUUUUAUUUUGGGCAAUACUUUGCCAAGGUAUUACUCUUCGUCUUUUAUUGUACUAAUUCCGAAAAUUGCAAGACCCAAAAAGUUUUGA